UUCCUUAUCAUUUCACAAUCACACAUCCAAAAGAUGUAUCAAAGACCCCGCCAUGAAUUACAUUCGUCUUCCAUCGACGACUAUCAUCUCAAAAACCAAUCCAUCAAACAAUUUAAUUGUGGCCAAUAACACAAAAGGCUUGUGGUGGUCUCAAAUCUUUGAUCCGGGCGGCCAAUUCAUUACAAGAUGGAACUACAUGUUCCUUAUCAUAUGUCUCAUGGCUCUUUUUGUUGACCCUCUUUACUUUCUUGUUCCGGAAAUCUCUAGACGUAAGUAUUGUAUGCGGUCUGAUUAUGGGUUUGCAGCUAUUAUCACCGUUUGGCGGUCUUUGAUUGAUGUUAUAUCUUUUAUACAUAUUUUUAUUAAGUUUCGUACGGCUUAUGUUGCCCCUAGUUCGAGGGUUUUUGGGAGGGGUGAUCUUGUUAGGGAUCCACGCAAGAUUGCUUUACGUUACUUGAGGAAUGGCUUUGCCGUCGAUUUAGCUGCUGCUCUUCCAAUGCCACAGCUUUUCAUCUGGUUUGUCAUUCCAGCUGUGAGAAGUCUCACAGCCGCUCAUGCGAACCAUUCCAUAUCUCUAGUUAUCAUCAUUCAGUAUAUUCCACGAAUGUUUGUCAUUUUUCCUUUGAACCAACGUAUUACUAAAACUACAGGUGUAGUUGCCAAGACUGCUUGGGCUGGUGCAGUUUACUAUCUCAUGCUCUAUAUGCUUGCUAGUCAUGUUAUUGGAGCUUCCUGGUAUCUAUUGGCUAUUGAGAGGCAAUACUCAUGCUGGAAAGAAGAAUGUGGAAAGGAGAAAAACGUAGCUCAUCCCUGCAAUCGUGUGUAUUUUGAUUGUGACCAUGUAAAUGAGCCAGGUCGUGAUGCAUGGUUAGCGAAAACUCAAGUUUUGAGCAACUGUAGUGCUGGAGUUAGCCCUAUCAAUUUUACAUUUGGGAUGUAUGCUCCUGCCUUCACUGAAGGAGUUACUUCUGCAACAUUCUUUGAAAAAUACUUCUUUUGCCUUUGGUUCGGCUUGAAAAGUCUAAGUUCAUACGGCCAAAAUUUGGAGACAAGUACUAGUAUGGGAGAAACACUCUUUGGUUGUGGCGUAUGCCUUGGAGGAUUAGUUAUAUUCUGUUUGCUCAUCGGCAAUAUGCAGACCUACCUCCAAUCUACAACAGCAAGACUUGAAGAGUGGAGGGUCAAGAGAAGGGACACUGAAGAAUGGAUGAGGCACCGGCAAUUGCCACCUGAUUUACAAGAUAAAAUUCGUAGGUUUGAACAAUAUAAAUGGCUUGCAACAAGAGGAGUAGAUGAAGAAGAUAUCCUUCAUGCCUUACCUCUCGACCUUAGACGUCAAAUUCAGAGACAUCUUUGCUUAGCACUUGUCCGUCGUGUUCCUUUUUUCGCACAAAUGGACGAUCAGCUCUUAGAUGUGAUAUGCGAACACUUGGUUCAAUCAUUGAGCACGAAAGGCCAAUACUUAGUUCGUGAAGGGGAUCCAGUUAACGAAAUGACUUUCGUGAUACGAGGUCAACUUGAGAGCUCCACAACCAAUGGAGGGAGAUCUGGGUUUUUUAACUCAAUCACUCUUAAACCUGGUGAUUUUUGUGGCGAAGAAUUGUUGACAUGGGCUCUGACCCCAGAAACACAUGUUAAUCUCCCAUCCUCAACUCGCACUGUGAGAGCUCUAAAUGAAGUUGAAGCAUUUGCACUUCGAGCUGAAGACUUACGGUUUGUGUCAAAACAGUUCAAACGACUUCAUAGCAAGAAACUGCAACACGCUUUCAGGUAUUACUCGCACCAAUGGAGAACAUGGGGAUCAUGUUUUAUACAAGCUGCUUGGAGAAGGCAUAAAAGGAAGAAACUGGCUGAAGAAUUGGCUAGACAAGAAGGCUUGUACCAAUCUGAUGAUGAUGAUGAUGAUGACGAUGAUAAUAGUAUUGCCGAAACUGACCAAAACUCGCAACAUUUAGGAGCUACUAUAUUGGCUUCAAGAUUUGCUGCAAACACUAGAAGAGGGAUUAGUCAAAGAGAAGGUGUUGUAAGUUCUGCAUCAUCGACCUUACAGAUGCCAAAAUUGUUUAAGCCGAAUGAGCCAGAUUUUUCUUAGGGCAACAUUCAUGUUAGGGGUACAAUGAUUUGCUAACAUUUUAUAAUUUUGAAGGUCCAACAUGUGAUAUUUUAUUUGGAAUGGCCAAAUGUGUAUUUUCUAUA